GUCGCGAACACAAUUUCUCUCUUUAAUCACGUCCUCGCAACACCUCGUGCAUGCGCUGCUCGAAUCCCGCAAGCACGUGUAGCACUCUCUGGACCGUCGCUCGACCGAAUCGCACAGCAUUCCCCAAAGCCAUCGCGACACGACACGCAGCGCAUUGGCGGGGCCGACCAGGCCAGAAAUUCCUUUUCAACACUUUCUCGCACCACCGACACACAUACGUCCCCUGGACGCCUCCAAAGAUGGCGUUAUCGAAUGGGAAUCAUCGCCAAGUGGCAGAUCUCAGCCAAAUCACCUCUAAAUUGCAGGCAUUGGGCAUCUCGGAGCUACCAAAGCCAGAAGGCGUACUGCUGCACCCACAGCGCAACCCCGUCGAUAUAUACCGAGCAGUGAUUGUCGACCAGCUGCAAAAGAUCACAGGAGCUGCUCCGGAGAUUAUCAAGAAUGCAGUGGCAUGGACACAGGACCUCAAGCAUGGCGACUUGGUGUUGCCUGUGCCUGCAUUGCGCUUGAAGGGCAAGAAACCCGACGAGCUGGCUGCUGAGAUCGCCGAGAAGUUUGACUCGCCUCUCAUCGAGAAGCCAACGGUCGAGAAGACGAGCGUGAAGUUUUUCUUCAAACCAGAACCGCUUGCCAAAUUUGUCAUUCCUGCGAUCCAUCAGCAAAAGGGCAACUACGGCUUCAACCCUACCUUGGGGCUCGAAGACCCCUCCAACCCAGAAAGUCGACACAAGAAAAUCAUCGUCGAAUAUUCGAGUCCGAACGUGGCUAAAGAGUUCCACACGGGGCACUUGAGGAGUACAAUCAUUGGUGGUUUCCUCAUCAAAAUGUUUGAGCGCGCAGGGUGGGAGGCCGUGUCAAUGAACUAUCUCGGUGACUGGGGCAAGCAAUAUGGAAUUCUGUCAGAAGGUUUCGAGAAAUACGGAAAUGAGGAAGAGCUGCUCAAAGACCCGGUGAAGCAUCUGAAUUCAGUAUAUGUCAAGAUCAACCAGGAUAAUUCGGAAGAACAAAAGCCAGCGAAGAUAUUGACGGAAAAGAAGACGGAGUUGGAGAACCUCAAGAAUCCUCCCAAACCAAAGAAGCCUGCGAAAGGGAAGGAGGCUGAAGCACCUGCCCCACCGAAGUGGACUGAGGAGCAAGAGCAGGAGUUACAGAAGGUGACAGCCGAGCUUGAGAAGGUGCAACAGGAGCUCGUGGACAAGCCCAGCAUCGACGAGAGGGCUCGUCGCUUCUUCAAGCGCAUGGUCGAUGGCGACCCAGACGCGUUGAGGAAUUGGCAGAAAUUCCGCGACGAAUCGAUCAAGGCGUACGAAGGCAUGUACUCCCGAUUAAACAUCAAAUUCGACGACUACAGCGGUGAAUCAACAGUCAAGGUUGAGGACAUGGAGAAAGUGGCCCAAAUUCUGGCGGAGAAAAACAUCAGCGAGGACAGCAAAGGUGCUGUGAUUGUUGACCUGACAAAACACGGCGCUCCAACUCUCGGCAAGACACUCGUCAAGAAGAGGGACGGAACAUCUUUGUACCUCACUCGUGACUUGGCUGCCAAUCUGGAGCGUUACGAGAAGUACCACUUCGAUCACAUGAUUUAUGUGAUCGCAUCGCAACAAGAUGUCCACGUCAAGCAGAUGUUUACUAUCCUGAAACUGAUGGGUCCACCUUACAGCGAUGUUGUCGCCAAGUGUAGCAACAUCAGCUUCGGUAUGGUCAAGGAUCCCAAAGGGCAGACUAUGUCAACACGAAAAGGCACUGUCAUCUCGCUCGCCGACAGUCUCGACGCCGCAAAAGACUUCAUGCACGACGUGAUGCGCCGCAACGUGGAGAAGUACAAGCAGGUUGAAGACCCCGAGGCCACUGCCGAUACCCUGGCCAUUUCCGCCAUCAUGGUUCAGGACUACAGUGGAAAGAUGGUCAAUGGAUACAACUUCGAUCUGGAGAAGAUGUGCAGUUUCGAAGGCGACACUGGUCCAUAUCUGCAAUACUCUCACGCCCGUCUAUGUUCGAUCAAGAGGAAGGCAGAAGUCUCAGAAGAAGAGAUGCUGAAGGCCGAUCUCAGCCUGAUCACGGCCAAGGAAGGCGUAUCACUGAUCCGCUCUCUCGCACAAUGGCCUGAUGUGUUCCUCAACACGUACAAGACUCAAGAGCCUGUGACCGUGCUCACGUAUCUUUUCAAGAUGACACAUUUGCUCAGUUCUUGCUACGAUGCUGUUGACCGCAGCAACAAGAAUGCGAAGACGCUGAGUGUCAUGUACGCAGAAAGCCCGGAGAAGAAGAUUGCUCUGAUGGCGAUGUACGAGGCCGCGAGGAUUGUGUUGAACAACGGUAUGCAAUUGUUGGGUUUGAGUCCAGUGCAGAGGAUGUAGUCGCGAAGCACAAAGCGAAUGAUAGAUGGAGUGAUGACAGCAUGCUCAACAGAAGAGGUCGUACCUAGAGUCGGUUAAGGGACUGGGAUAUCACUGCUGCCGGGGGAAACGUGUAGGAGAGCUCUGGCCUGGCCGAAGAUACAGCGUCUCUGCCAUUGUGCUGAUGAUUGCUUACUGCCCUUCUACCAACCAUGCCGAGACCGACGAGCGAACAGCUCAGCUUCCAGGCAAGUCGGAUAGCAUGGAGAAGCAGCGAGUUCGAAAGCCACGUCCAGCGCGAAACAUUGGAGAAGAGAUAGACGAACGAAAUGACGCGGACGAAAUGAGAAAUUCAAAAAUGUAUUCAAGCAA